UGCAAAUGGCGGCGUGACCUUACUCGACACAUGGAGAAACGAUCACCACGAUCAGAAGUAUCAAGGAGUGAGGGCAUGUGACGUAGUUAACCUUUGUCAUCAUGCAUCACAUGAUUUGAUGACGUAAAAUCCGUAGAGGCCAGCGCAGUCGACCAGCAAUGCAAGUAAAUCAGGGACUUCAUGUAGCGAAUAGUGGGUGCUUUUAUCAGUUGUUGAAUGCGAAGCAGGCCAGGCUAUCUCAGGAAUUCACAGAUUUUCAUCAGGCCUAUCAGCUACAAACAACAAUGCCUUCAUCUGAUAUAAACAAGAAUUUUCUUGAGCCAAGGCCAGCCAUGAGUAGCGGGGAUAGUAGUAGUGGCGGUGAUAAUGAUAAUUCACGGAGGCCAACAACAUUGGUUUAUGCACCAGUACCAGAUGGUAAUAACAGUACAUCAGGAGUAUGCCAUCUGAACAGACAGGGGAAGAAAAAGAAGCGCAAGAAGAAAAGAAAUUCAGAAAUUAUUCCAAGCAGGUUUGAAGAUUUUUACCAGAUGACUGGUGAAGUUCUUGGCGAAGGUGCUUAUGGCAGUGUCAAAACCUGCAUAAAGAUUUCUUCCAAUAAGCAAUAUGCUGUUAAGGUAAUUCAGAAGAAAACUGGGAGAAGUAGAGGAAGAGUGUUCAAAGAAGUUGAAACAGCAUAUUACUGCCAAGGACAAAAAAACAUUCUUCAAAUGAUUGAAUUCUUUGAAGAUGACGAUAGGUUCUAUCUAGUGUUUGAGAAGAUGUAUGGAGGACAUUUACUGAGUCACAUUGAAAGAAAGAAAACAUUUACUGAGCAUGAAGCUUCCUUAGUUGUCAAAGAUAUUGCCUCAGCUUUGAGGUUUCUGCAUGAUAAAGGAAUUGCUCAUCGGGAUUUGAAGCCUGAAAACAUACUAUGUGAAUAUUCUGAUCGAGUUUCACCAGUCCAAAUAUGCGAUUUUGAUCUUGGAAGUGGUGUUACUAUGAACAGUGCCUUCACAACGCCUGUUACAACUCCAGAAUUGCUAACUCCAGUUGGAUCAGCUGAAUAUAUGGCUCCUGAAGUGGUUGAUGCAUUUAUAGGAGAAGCCUCUCCCUAUGAUAAGAGAUGCGACAUCUGGAGUUUAGGAGUUAUACUGUACAUUACUAGUGGCAAACCACCAUUCUAUGGUCAGUGUGGAACUGAUUGUGGAUGGGAACGAGGAGAGGCAUGUCUUUCAUGUCAGGACAUGUUGUUGAACAGCAUUCAAGAAGGUAGUUAUGAUUUCCCAGACAGGGAAUGGGGCCAUAUUUCCCAUCUUGCCAAAGAUCUAAUUUCUCACCUCUUGGUGAAAGAUGCUCAUGCAAGAUUCACAUGUGAUGAACUGCUCAACCAUCCAUGGAUCAACCAGGCACCAACUAAUCCCCUUACAACACCAAAUGUGCUACAAAGAAACAACAGUGCCAAAGAUUUAGCCAACUUUGCUGCUGAAGCAGUAGCAUACAGUCGACUGGUAGCCCAACACCAGGCAUACAUGUCACGCUCCAAUGAGUGGCAGAAAAUUGAAGAGAUUGAAGAAGAUGAAGAAGACAGUGGCUUGAAAUUUGGGCUGUCACCACCAGGAGAAUCUGCUCUUGCAAAGCGUCGAUCAGCAAGGAAUCAAAGCAAAUCCUCCAGCGUUGGGAUCUGUAUAACUGUCGGAAGUAGUGGAUCAUAAUCAACUGUGAUCACAUCCUGAGGAUUUUGACAAGGUCAGCACAGUCUCAGGUGUUUUUGCCAAAGACAUUUUUAAAUACCGUUUUUUAAUUUUUAUUUUUUUAAUAUUAAUACCUUAAAUUGAAAAGAAAGGAGCAAAUAAA